CCGAAUCAUCUGUGAAGAAACAAAUCCAUCGUGCUUGUUUACAUCUUCAGUCGCUCUAGAUUGUUGGUUUCAAGUUUUAUUUGGCGUAUUAAAAAUCACCAUUAGAUUGUUGAAUUGACUGCUAUGAUGUCGGUGAGACCUGACAAUCCUCUGGGGUUGUCCUGGCACGACAGCGCUUGGAUCCCCAUCCUCAACCCCAGCAAUAUCAUGGACUACUUCUCGGAACGCAGCAAUCCAUUUUAUGAUAGUUCUUGCAAUAAUGCACUCAUUAAGAUGCAGAGGCUCAAUCCCGAACAACUUCAGAACAUGACAGGAGUUGAAUAUAUCCUACUCCACGUGCAGGAACCGAUUCUGUACGUCAUCAGAAAACAAAAUCGCUAUUCACCAAGCCAGGCUACUCCUCUCGCUGAUUACUACAUCAUCGCUGGGGUUGUAUAUCAAGCACCUGAUCUUGCGUCUGUUGUUAAUUCAAGACUUUUGUCCACAAUUCACCACCUUCAAUCAGCUUUCGAAGAGGCCAGUGGGUGCUCGCGAUAUCACCCAAGCAAGGGCUAUUCCUGGGACUUCAAGAAUGGAAAAUCCUUGGCAACAAAGAAGGAAGUUCCUUCCCGAGAAGAACCUAGCUCUCUCUUCCAGCGCCAGCGAGUUGAUAUGCUGCUUGCUGAAAUCACUAGGAAAUUCCCUCUGCCUGUACCGAAACCAGUGCAGCCGCCAGCAGAUCCUCCUGUUGAACUAAAGCAAGAAAAGACUGAUAAAAAGGACAUGAGACCUCCACCAGAGAAAAAACCACGCACUAAUUAAUAGAAUUAAAUAUAAGAACAUUAAUUAUAUAUAAAUGUAAAUAUCGAAUGAUUUUGUGCAUCAUUCUGUAUGAAAAACGGAUGUGAUAGUGAUUGACUCGACACAUGGGAUGGAUAAUUUUUUUAAUCGAAAUAUAUCUUAAGUACAUUAAAAA